CCAGUCUGAAUGCCUCGAAAUUUAGCAUAAUCUUGUCUGCUUCCACCACGACCUGGAAUGGAGUUCCAGGUAUCCCAUAUGGCCCUGUCUGUUCUUGUCAAAGUAAAUUCAUCAUGUGUAUACUGUCCGUCACUAUACACUGCCUUGAGCUUAUCUUCUCGCAGGCAUUUACAGAAAAUAAAGAAAUUUAUGGGGGGGAAAAACUGCACAUACAACCAACAUGCAAAAGAUGACAACUUGUGCAAAUACAAAUGAAUGGAUAAUAUUGAGAAGAUGUGCCAUUGACUUGGAUACAAUUGGUGAGAUUUUGGCUUGCGUGGUAAUUGGAGUAUCGCUGUCAUUGUGUUUUGAGUGUGAAGAUUCUUGCUGCUCUGCCAGAUCUUUUUCUCUGGAAGUUGAUGAUCGUGGACCACAGUUUGCUUUGCUCUAAAGUGAGUUGGAUGUUCCCGCUCAGAUUUGCUGCAUUUGGUUGCCAAACCUUGGGAUGUGGCUCUGCACCAACUUUACGAGUAAGCUCUGACCCCUCGAGAAGCUCCCACCAUUUCACACCCCAAGCUGAGCAGGUUUCAAAAGACCUUCUUUAAAAUGACCAGUCUUUUCCGACGAAACAGUAGCAAUGGGAACUCCAAGAGCGGAUCACCCGCUGCCCCAUCGCAGCUGCUCAACAACAACAGACCACCCCGUCAGGUCCGAAGGCUUGAGUUUAACCAGGCCAUGGAGGACUUCAAGGUCAUGUUCCCCAACAUGGACUACGACGUAAUUGAGUGCGUGUUAAGAGCCAACAAUGGAGCAGUGGACGCCACCAUCGACCAGCUCUUGCAGAUGAGCUUGGACUGUGGAUUUGACAAUGGGUAUGAUGAGAGUUCGGACUCCGAGGACAGUAUCCCCCCAGAGAUCCUGGAGAGGACGCUGGAGCCGGACAGUUCGGAUGAGGAAGCCCCUCCCGUAUAUUCUCCUCCUGCCUACGACAUGCACGUGUUUGACCGACAGUAUCCGCACAUCCCUCCUCUGCCCCCUCGACGGCUUGACAUCCAGAGCUCCAGUGGGAGCCAGUCACAGAGACGGUACCGGAAUUGGAACCCUCCGUUACUCGGUAACCUACCUGACGACUUUCUGCGAAUUCUACCGCAGCAGUUGGACGUGGUCCAGAAUUCUCAGAAGGCCAAGAUCGGGACGGGCCCGGAGCCGCGUGGGUCGGCUGACCAGGAGCGGAAGCUGAAGCAGUACCUGGAAGAUGAACGCGUUGCUCUCUUCCUGCAGAACGAAGAGUUCAUGAAGGAGCUGCAGAGAAACCGCGACUUCCUGCUGGCACUGGAAAAGGAUCGGCUCAAGUAUGAAUCUAGGAAAUCAAAUUCCACCAGUGCAAUUGAGUCCUUGCCCAGCGAUGGCGUUAGUUUGUCUUCAGCUGUUCCAGCUGAAUCCGGUGCCACUGGUGUCGCUGAAGCAAGCGGUGUACCACUUGAUGAAGCCUUGUUCAGGGACAAAUUAAAACACAUGGGAAAAUCCACGCGGAAGAAGCUCUUCGAGCUGGCGCGUGCUUUCUCUGAGAAGACGAAGAUGAGGAAGCUGAAGCGAAAGCAUUCCUUAAAACAUCACACUCUCGGAACAGCACCCUCAACAGCAAAUCUCUUGGAUGACGUGGAAGGGAAUUCUUGUGAUGAAGAUAUCCAGUUCAGAAAGCAGACUGUGCAGGAAGAAGAUGAAGAAAAUAAGGAGGGAGUGUUAUGAUCCUGACAGCUUUGGACUGAGGGAGCCAUGACCAGAGCUUACGCGAAAGAGCACUCAUUCACAGAUGAAGCUGGUGGCAGUUACUGUACAAACCUUCAUCUGCUUUUUAUCCAUUUUCUGCAGUGAUUAAGGCACAAUUAUGUGUGGGUGGGCGGUGGAGUUGUAGAAAUGCAGAAAUACCAGUCAUCACCUUUGUAAGUCAAAGAUUUGAGACACUUGCAGUUCUUUAACUCUGCAGUCCUCAAAUCCUAGGUGCAUAGAUCUUCUAGAGGGGCUCCCAAUCUUCCUUUAUGCCAUGGACCCUUAGCAUUAACCGAGGAGUCCGUGGACCCCCAGAUGGGAACUCUUGUCUAGACCUUGGUGUUCCCUUCAUCUUGACUUACAAUGGUAAGAGCACUAGAGAGCUGGGUCUAGUUUUUAACUGUAGCCUUGUGUUCCAAUAAAUUUUGAUAGAAAAGGCCUCCUUCAGGCAUUGAACUGUAUUUCAUAUGGACUAAUACAAGAUUCAACGAUGUGUUAAUUCUUUAAUUUGGUAAUUAUAAUUGUCAAAUGAUGUCUUGAUGUGCCUAAUGAUGUACUGUAUUAAUUAACAGGUCUUACAAUAGACCAGAACAUAUAAAAUUACGUAAAUGCUUCUGUUGUAAUUACUGGGACUGUUUUUCCAAUUUAUUUUUGUUAAGGAAUUGUGGAAUUGCAAGGUGGAUUGUAAUGAAGAAGUAGUUGGUGGUUGUAAUGAAUGUUACAGGUUUGGAACCUGAAGCCUUUACAAAAGUUAUGUAAUAGUCCAAUGACAGUGAAUGUGAAUGGGGUGCUCGGCCAGCGCAGCUCUUUGUGAGGGAGCUGCCUUGCCAAGUGCAGACGUUAAACCGUUUAACUCGAGGGCAGCACCUAUCCACUGAGUUUCAAUGUCCCAUUACCAGCAUCGUAGAGACCUGCCAUGAUUUGAGUGGCCCUCGGAAUCUAAACUGAUCUGGAAAAUGGUCAAAUUGGCAAUGUAUUGUUUAAACCUUCUGCUGUUCUGGCCCGUUAAGGAAAUACAAACAUUAUCCCAACUGUUUUCACACUCGGGAGUGGCUCUCUCCUGAGUGUUUAUUGAAGACUAUUUUGGCUAAAAAUGACAGCUGAAUUUUACCAUUUUCUACACUUAAUUCACUUUGAAGUGUGUAAUAUACUGGUUGAAGUAAAAUUUUAGAGCCAUCUGUGCAGACAGGUGCAGUUGGUUUUCCCUCCUUUGUCGAAGAAUUAGUGCAAGAAAAGUAAUCCCUCACAGAAAGGGAGAGUGACUAUUCAGCAUUUGUUGCCUGGUCACGGAACAGUCUGGGCUGGAGUCUGGUAAUUAAUGAAUAUCUCCCCAUCUGCACUUGCACGGUGCAAUGAAAUGGGUCAUCAUUGACAUGGCCCUUUAACGUUAAAAGGCAGCUCAGUACAACACAAAAUAAAAUUGAAAUGGAUGAGUGUCAAUGAAUUUGAUUGCUGGUGAGAUUUGGGGAUUGCUGACAAGGUGUACCACAACUGUGUUUGCAGAGAGGCUCCAGCUAAAAGGGCAAAAGGCAUUUUGGCUGUAGAUUGAAAAGAACGGAAACUUGUAGCGAGAGUGUGAAACUUCCAAGAAGUGAGCUUGUUUUCCUGUUGUAGGUUUAAGUCAUUAGAAAGCACUUUGAGGAAAUGAAGAAAACUGCAACUAUAUUUGCCUUUCCAAGUCUCCUUUAACUGUGGCAUUCCAGGUACAUGAUGUGGAAGAAGGGAUGUCAGAGCUUUUGCCAUAAGCUAAUGACUCGUAUUGUCAAUGGAGCCAUACACAAUAUCAGAGCAGGGGAGAGGUUUAACCACAACGACAUGGGCGAGCCCCUCCAUCAAUCAAUUCUCACUAACGUACAUGUCCGGGACAUCCAGUUCUGAGUGCUAACAGAAGGGGGGAGAAAAACAAUAAGUGCUGUGUAUUUUUGUCAAAUAUAAAAUGUUCGAAAGGCAGCAGGAAAGGGGGUCUGAAUUUGGUUUCCUGCUCCUUGUGUUUGACGUUGAUUCUGUUUCACCGUUGUAAUCUGUCAGUUUCGGAUCAGGAGCGCCAGAUUUCCAUUGCGGUCGUCUCCCAAGCGAGCUUUGAUAUAUCGUGAGGAGGAAGAUGUUCCCCUGGGCAUGAGAUUUACCGAAGCAGAUGUGUUGUUGGUUGUUAUGGGUGCUCAGGCCUCUGUGGGAUUUAGACCACAUCUUGUUUCUAUUUAAAAAAAAAAUAAGCUGCAUCUUCCCCGUCUCAGUGCUGUAUCUUGCAGCAGGUUAAAUUGUACCAAUGAUUACCACUGCUGUCCAAAGCAAAAAGUCAUGGCUGUUGGCUUAAUGUAAGGAAUGGAGUCAGUUCUGUUGCAGCUAAAGUAAUUUCAAGUAAAUUUAUUAUCAAAGUACGUGUAUGUCACUAUAAACUACCCUGAGCUUCAUUUUCUUGCAGGCAUUCAAGAUAGUAUGAAGAAAUGCAAUAGAGUCAAUGAAAAACUACACACAAAGACUGACAAACAACAAAUGUGCAAAUACACAAAAACGUACACAAUACUGAGAACAUGAGUUGUAGAAUCCCUGAAAGUGAGUCCGUAGGCUGUGGAAUCAGUUCAGUGUUCGGGUGAGUGAGGUUAUCCACACUGGUUCAGGAGCUGGUGAUUGUAGCAUAAUAACUGUUCCUGAAGCUGGUGGUGUGGGACCUACAGCUCCUGUACCUCCUUCCCGAUGACAGCAGCAAGAAGAGAGCAUGGCCUGGAUGAUAGAGGGGUCCUUGAUGAUGGAAGCUGCUCUUUUAUGGCAGUGCUCCUUGUAGUUCCUGAACCUGAUGGUGUGCAUCACAACCAUCUCAAAAUCAAGGCAACUUUAUCUAUCUGUUGUAUCUAGGCAAUUUCCAUAAGAUACCAAAGUACCUGUACUUAAGGAAUGAAAGGUUCCAAAUGUACCUUAGUGGCUGCCCAUGGUGCUUCAUUGGUGGAGGCCUGGAGGUAUCUGUGGUCACCAGCAACCUUGCAGGACCAUGAAAUGGAAGGAGUGGAGAUCAAGCUUUUUAAAUAUAAUGGGUGAAUUCAGUGAGUAAGGAACAGAAGUUCAGGGUAUUGGACUCUUUUGAUACACAAGUGUGAUUGGGUCAACUUCCGAACGCAAGAUGCUCAGAACUUCAUUACAGAGAGUGAAGAGAGCGAGGGACCGGGGGUUCCCACUUGUUACCCAAAGCACAGUCAGCAAGGCAGAGCUGUGACAAAUCUGGGAAAUCAUAGAAGUGAAGAGAUUUCUGGCGCAAGUCAGCCACUGGGCCAAUCAUACCCACACUCGAUAAUACUGAACUAACUGUAGUCCUGGAGCUUGUGAGAGAGCUUUUUAAAAUGAUUUUCCCUCCAUCCUGAUUUCAGACGAGUUCCAGAUCCCUGCCCCUUUGGUGAGUAAAAUAAUUUUUCCCAACUUCCUUUUUUUUUUGAUCCAUGUCCCUCAAUUCAUUACCCCCUAGUUAGUGUUCAGGGAAGUGUCUUCUUUCUGCUUGGUUUCUUAAAUUUACAUGUCACAACUAAAUUUGUCUGCCACCCAUGCUCCAGGGAAGCAACCCCAGUCCGGACAACGUCUUCUCACAGUUACUGUCAUUUUGGCAACGAUUCCUGUAGAUUGACUGCAUUCUCUCUAGUGCUGUCACAUCCUUCCUGUACUGUGAUGCCCAGAACUAUACACAGUGCCUCUGUCACACCUGCCUCCAUUGCUACCCCCGGCAGUGCAUUUCCAGCCACUCCAAAGUUCAAACUACAUUUAUCAUCAAAGCUUACAACCUUGAGACUCGUCUCCUUACAGGCAGCCACAAAACAAAGAAACCCAAAAGGACCCCUUUUUUUAAAAAAAGACCAUCGAACACUCAGUGUGAUAAAUCAGGCAUGCAAAUAGCAUCCGCAAGGAGAAUCUGUCCACAGAUCCUCAGUUUAGCGCAGAGCCAAGUAAACGAGCUGAACUGGCCUGUCCUUCGGCUCGGGUCUCAACACCCCGACCUUUUUCUUUCUGGUCCAGUGUCUAAAUCGUCGUCCAAGCAUAGGGUCCAGUGGCUUCAAUGCGCUCUGGGGCCUGGACCCAGCCGCCUCGAUUUGAUCUGAUUCAGUCUAGUUCUGCUGCAUCAAAUUACCUCCAAGUUCACUCCUCGUUUUAAAAAAUGCCCCGCACCUCUCCUUUGAAUUUUCCCCCCUCACCUAAAAUGCAUGCCCUUUAGUAUUUGGCAUUUCAGCCAUGUGGUUGGGACUGAUACAGGCUGUCUACUCUGUCUCCAAUCAUUUUUAGAAACUUCUCUAAACUUCAUUCUUCACUCAACAUUGAAGCAGCUGUUCCUGCUCAACCUCAUAGAAAUAAUUGCAUCACAUUUUCAAAGCAUUUUAGUUUAGCAUUGAAAUAAACACAGAAAGAGCAGGCUAAGCUAGCCAAGUUAGGUAGUAUUGAUAACAUUCCAGGUCAAACAUCUUUCACCAGAGCUUCCAGUGUUUGAAGCAUUUUCUGAUUUCAAACUUCCAGCAUCUGUACUGUUUUUCUUUGAGCUUAGCUUCGCCUGUGACCCUUUCCACUGUUGCACAUUCCCCAGAUUAAAUAGUUUAAAGCUGUUCUGCCACAUGCAUUGUACUUUGGAGAAAUGUUGUUCAAAUUCUUUGCUCCAUUUAUCUGUAACUUGCAUUUUGACUACCUUUUGUGAUUUGUUCUUCCAAAGCUGUGCAGUUAAUUAAUUGGGGUAUUUGACCGAUAUUACUUCAGGAAUUAAUCCUGCCUCUCGCAUCAUACGCCAGUCGUUUCUGUGAGAUCCAGCGACACUGAACUAUCUGACUUGCUUUCCAAAACAUGCUUGCUGCCUUUUGCAAUGGCGCUCAGUUUUCUCUUCUUAGUAGCCGUGCUCGGAUAGUCGAGUCAAUUCCGUAACGUAGGUGCUUGCAGAUUGAGCUCACACCCUCCACGCAGCUCCCUAAUUUGGCCGUUCCCCGUGUCAAUAAAUAGUUGAAUCGCUUGGGUUAUGCGGCACAAAAACCCAUUCUUCAACCCACCAUGUCCAGAGAACCUAUCUGUUACUAAUCCGCUCUCCCAGCACUUGACCGCUAGUCUCUACGUUCUUGGUGAUUCAAGUGCUCGUCUAGAUACUUAAUAUUGUGAGACACUCCACCUGCUUGAAUACUGCAGACACUGUUUUCCUGAUUCCAACCAUCCUGGGGUUCAGUAAAAAAUUCUUCCUCUGGUUCUCUCAGCCCCUCACCCUUACCGUUUGCUGUCUAGUUUCAGACCUGUCUCCUGUUGGGAAACGUUUCUGAAUUGGUUGAAGCGAUUUGUCAAUGACUACGAGGCAGAGCCUUGUUAAUCACCUUCAUUGUGCCAAUGACUGGACAAUUCUGGAGGUGGGCUAACAAGAUCUCACUCGGGGUGGGAGUGUAGUUCCAGUAUACAUUGGGCUGGCAGUAUGUUCCUGGAGGCUAUAUCAGCCCUUGCUGUCAUUAAGCCGAGCCCUUUCCCCACACGUGUGCACACCUCUUCAGUUGUAGGGCUUUGAAACAGGCCCUGCAGUCCAACUAAACCCCUCUAAACCUUUCCUGUGCAUGUCGCUCUCCAAGUUCCUUUUAAAUGUUGUUAAUAUACACACCACCCUCCCUCCAAUAGAAAAAAAAAGUUGCCCCUCAGAUUCCUAUGAAAUCCUCUCCCCUAUCACCUUUAACCUAUUCCCUCUGGAUCUUGCUUUCCCAGCCCUGAGAAUCCAAUGAGUACAUUCACCCUAUCCAUGCUCCUUAGUCUUAUAACUUUUUUAAAAAAGUGAAUUAUCUGAAGAAAAUAGAACAAAUAAGUUUUAUUUUAAAAUGGUGCCUUUUCCUUUUAUUGUUUGGGGUUGGUUAAGAGCAUUGUUUUUGAAAUUGGGCUUUAAUUUCUCUAGGCUUGUCACCCAUAGAGUAUCUGAAUCAGAUCUAUUAUCACUGACAUGUCAUGAAAUUAGUUGUCUUGCGGCAGCGGUACAGUGCAAUAAAUUAAAACAAACUGUAAUUACAAUGCGAUAUAUAUAGUUAGGGUGCCUAAGACUUUUGCACAGCACUGUGGUAAUUUUAUGUAUUGCACCAUACUGCAAGAAAAACAAACUUGAUGAUAUAUGUGAGUGAUGAUAAUCCCCAUUCUGAUAUGCAAGGAGUAAGUAUACAAUGUCUGAUAUUAAAUUGAGCCAUUGCGUCUCAAUAAUAGAGUGGGAAAGCGGCAGGGAGAGUGGAAUCAUGAUUGGGAAAAGUGAAAGAGUGCAUGAAGCACCAGAGAGACGUCCUAUAAUGAUCAAUAAACAUUGUUUGGAAUCAAAUGACCUUGCCUGGUGUCUCAAGGCUGGGUGUGUCUGCACCUACACCAACCCUUCCUGCCCUGGCAACUUCUCUACCACCUGUCCCACACCCCUCCCACGGCGCUCCAGCUUUGCCAUUCCCAACAUCCUUUGCUCCUGGGAGAUUUACAAACUGGCUCUCUGCUCCACGUUGAUAAAUACAGCACUGUGCAAAAGUCUUAGGCACCCUAUCUAUAUACAUGUGCCUAAAAUUUGCAUAGUACUGUACAGUUCUCUCUGUGUGUGUUAAUGUAUAUAUGCAUUUAUGUAUAUAUAUACACACACAUUGACAGUGUAUAUAUUAUUUUAAUUAUAGUUUGUUUUAAUUUAUUGCACUGUACUGCUGCCACAAAACAACAAAUUUCAUGACAUCUGUCAGUGAUAACACACACACUCUCUCUCUCUCUCUCACACACAUUCACACACACACACUUUCUCACACACACACACACACACACACGCGCGCUUUCACACACUCACUCACACACACACACACACACACACACACACACAGAGUGUAUAAAUUAAGGGGUGCAAAAAGAGUGCGAGUGUCUUUAUUCUGGACGCAUCACUGGAGAAGCAGGCACGUUUGUGGUGGUGAUGAGUGCACGACAGUGAGGUUUAUUGUGGUGAGCUGCUGGGUGAUAGCUCUUUCUUAGGGCAGAGCGUUGGGUAAAGUGUUGUUGUGUGUCUCAGCAGAGAAGGGCAGCAAUUGGAGGAAGUCACGAACGAAAAAAUCUGCAGAUGCUGGAUGUCUGAGCAACACACACAAAAUGCUGGAGGAACUCAGCAGGCCAGGCAGCAUCUAUGGAAAAGACCAGAAGGGUCUCAGCCUGAAAUGCCGACUGUUCUCUCUUCCACAGAUACUGCCUGACUUGCCCAGUUCCUCCAGCAUUUUGUGGGUGUGUUAAUUAGAAGGAGUGAGCUGAUGAAGACUGAGAACUGCUCGAUACUCAGGUACACAUUCCCCAAGCUGCAACCUGAGGAGGGGGGGAGUUGAACAAGUUUACCUCACUUCAUCAGCAAUAAGUUCAAAAAAUCUAGGUAGAGUUUUUGUAAAAUAAUGCUUCAACCCCUCCCUAGCUGUGAAACGUCACAACUCCUCCAAUCCUCUUCACAACAGGUGCCAAUUAUGAUCUGACUUCACACUAAAACAGGCACCGGUUCAUUAAAUGUUGCUUGUGAAAUAUACAGAUGCCAUUUUGCGGCUUCACUAAUAACAUCUAAUUAGUGUGAAUCCAUACCUGGUGACUAAAUCCUCUAACUGGGACGGUUGGAGUUGCUGCCUCCUCCUCCCUGUGUUUACUGUUUUCCCCAAUGUAUGUUCAUAAUCUUUGCUCCGUAUCUGGUUGUUGUGUUGAUCGUGCACAGAGGGGCAGGCCAAAGAUUGUCUAAUAAAGGCCAAAUAGAAUUGGAGAUUUCUGUGAAUCCUUUGUUGUUCUCCCCCCCCCCCCCCCCCCCCCGGGGCUGUUAAUGUGUUUAAGGUUUUUCAGUUACAUUGGCUGAAGCCACUACAUAGAUCACCAGAGAGGUUAUUUUUCCCAUCUUGGCACAAAAGACCGAGAGCCUCAUUUACUAAAAUUCAUUUCUGAAAUUUGGCUGUGCAUCAUCCAAUUUUUUUUUUGGUAACUUUUGAUAUUUGUUACGGAAUUCUGCUCUACCCACGGUCUCGGGAAGGUGUGUGUUACUCAGAGGAAGGUUUAGGAGGGGUGUAACUCCACUCUUGGAGAGGCAGGUCACCCUCAGCUUAUUCCCUCUUGAUCUUAAUUCCCCAACGUGGGGAUCAGAGUAGUGUGUUCAUCCUAUCCAUGUUCCGUAGUCUUAUCAUUUUUAACAAGCUUCUAUUAUCUGAAGAAAAUAGAAGAAAUAUAUGUUUUUUUUUUAAAAAUGGAUCUGUUCCUUCUAUUGCCUGGGGUUGGUAACGAGCGUUGUUUUUGAAGUUGGCCUAUAAAAUCCCUAGGCUUGUCACCUCUUAGGAUCUGGAUUGGAUUUAUUAUCACUAACCUAUAUUAUGAAAUUUAUUGGUGAACCUUGUCUUGAUCGCUGAUUGGUUUAAGGAUGCAGGCAGCUGAGUGCACAAGUAAGCGCUGAUUUUGGCCUUUUGGCAAACUAUUGGACUUAGUUACAGAAAGCCCACGGUCUGUGGGUCAUUUGGAAAGUCUCUAUAUACUCCUAGUCAAUUGGACGGCAAGAAAAUCAUGGGCAUGUGAGGGAGAUUAGGAUAUAGGGAAAUUAGGGCAGCAGAGUAGUGUAAUGGUUAGCAUAACGCUUUACAGUACCAGCAACCCAGGUUCAAUUCCCACCACUGUCUUGUAAGGAGUUUGUCCAUUCUCCCUGUAACCACAUGAACUUUCUCCAUGUGCUCCGGAUUUCUCCCACAGCCCAAAGGUGUACUGGUUGGUGGGUUAAUUAGUCAUUGUAAAUUGUCCCGUGAUUAGGCUAGGUCGGGGGUUGCUGGGUGCUGCUGCUCGAUGGGUCAGAAGAGUCUGUUCUCAAUGGUUCCAUACCAUUGGUAAAUAUGAACGUUUCAGAUGGACAACAACUCGUGCUUCUAUUUCGUUUGACAACUGAAAGUUAACCUUUAACGAGGUCAUAGUUUUCCCGGGAACUGACCAAACCCAUGAAUAGCGCAAACACGAGGAAAUGUGCAGAUUCUGGAAAUUCAAGCAACACACACAAAAUGCUGGUGGAACGCAGCAGGCCAGGCAGCAUCUAUAGAAAGAAGUACAGUCGACGUUUUGGGCCGAGCAUUUUGUGUGUGUUGCUUGAACCCGUGAACAAAUCUGUUCUCCUUUGGAGAUGAGGUGUCAAUGGCCUUUUCUCCUUUAUUGAUGAAGCGUUCUGUCUCACGAAAUGAAUUGUGACAACUUGGAACAACUGUAUAUGGUCCUCAGUUAAAUAUUAAUUAUCUAUAAUUGGCUUGCCGUAUUUAAGCCCACAUACUCUGUUGACAACAGUAUAUGAAUUAUGUAUUCAGAGUUACAUUACACUUACUGAACCUGCUUAACGUGUUGGUUUUGCUAAACAAUAGGGAUCUGAGACACAGUUUGAUUUUGGGAAUAUUAAUUUCCUGUUGUCAGUGCUUUGAAGUUUAAAUUUUAAGUGACUAAAACUGAAAUGUGCCUGAAACUUAACUAAAAUGUAAAAUAGGUUUGUAUAUGAUAAUUACGGGAAAAUUAUCAACCUUUGAACCAAUUCGUUGACUGCAGUGACCCUGAGGCAUUUCAGUGUGAUAUAAUUGGCAGCUUGUCUUUUGACGUUUUUAAAACAAGUAUCAUUCAGGUCUAACUUCUAGUCUGGGUUGGCAUUAUCCAACUCAGCUUUAAUGUGGGCGGGGGAGAGGAUGGAAUUUUGUAUGUAGCCCCUUUCUCUAUAAAUCACACCCCCCCCCCCCGCUCCCCAUCCUGUCAGGCAUCUUGACCCGUCUGUGGUAGAGUCUGCAGAUCCCACGUACGCCACCUCAGAACACACCAAACUGGAAUGGAAGCAAGUCUUGAGGGACUGUCCAGAAAGAAUAUGAUCAUUGGAAGGUGCCCACUUGCGUGCUAUGUGCUGGCAUGCACUUUGUAUGUAAACACACUUACAUGCAUGGUACAUACAUCCACACUGACAUCACGUGCUGCUUAAGAUACAAAUUCAUACACAUUCUCAAAAUCACAAAGUAAUGACUUUAUUAUUGAAGUAUGUAUAGUCACCAUGUGCUACGUUGAGAUUCAUUUUCUAGCAGGUGAUCACCAGGAGAUAAAGAAAUACAAUAGAAUUUAUGAAAAGCUACAUAAAGACACUCAGUCACACAUAAACACGUGUACAUCUCAUGCUGGAGGGACAGGAGCUUUCCAGAUGCAGGUAGAUUAAUGGCUUGCUUUGCGUUGCCUGUUGCUCCACCAACUCCCAUCCAUAUCCCAUCAGAGGCAGAGCACUGACACAUCAGAUUGUCUGGCCAACUGCUCUCGUCUUAUCUAAGGGCUCUUAAAACCCAAAUCUUCAAGCUAGUGUUUACCUCUCCAUCUAAACAACAAAUUUCACAACAUAUCUCGGUGAUAUUAAAGCUUGUUCUGAUUUCUGAUCCCCUAUGCCAAUAUUCUCUCUUUAGCCUGCUAUUGAAUCUGAUUAUGCUGAUCUCUGGCAGCUUUGAGGGUAUCUCUGCAGAUUUAACCCAAUUUUAAAUCAAGUUUCCUGCCAGUAUCUAGCUUUUGAAACAGAGCAAUUUGUGAUUUGCCUUUAGAUAGAGAGAAGAAUUUGAAAUGGAAUAAAAACUUUUAUCCAAAUUGUUAUAUUAAAAAAACAUUUCUUGAAUUAAUUUUUUAAAAAGAGAAAUGGUAUCUUCAAAUAUGAACUCUAGAGUUCAAAUUUGCUUCUGUUGACAGUGGUAAGAAUUAUAGUAAAAUAUUUUAACGACAAAAAGUAUCUUAAAUUUGUAUUUGAAUAUCAAAAUGUAGAUGGAGAUGUGAACUUAUGAGCAUAUUAUAAGCCUGUUCUUAUUUCAAUGUAAAAUAAAUGUUAAGUAUAAAGAGGUUUUAAAAUGAUUGAGUUUGUCGUUAUCUUAGAGAUUUCAUAUUUGAUUUUUUUUCUUAAUAAACUUAAUGAUGUUUUGUUUGUCAAUAGUGACCUUCAUUUAAAAUAAAGUUGUGUUGUACUCAU